UUGGUCCCCUUUUACAGAUGGGUAACUGAAUAAAUCAAGUGAGAAGAAAAGACUUUCACUUUCCAUAUGUCCAACAUUCAGCUAUUACUGUGCACUCAAAACCUGCGUCAGACUCAGAACUCUGAGAGGAACGGGGAGAGUCAGGGGCUGCCUGAAGUUGCAGAGAGAAACAGCCAGACCAGGAACACCUGCAGGCUGAGAAAACUGCCCAGCAGAAGUCAAGCCAGAGCAGACAAAGAAUUGAGAAUUCUGCUCAUUGGCAAAACUGGAUCUGGGAAGAGCGCAACAGGAAACACCAUCCUGGGGGCUGAGAAAUUUAAUAGCACAUCCAAUUUUGAUUCAACAACCAAGGCCUGCAAAGGAAGAGAAGCCACUGUAGGUGGCAGGGCAAUUGUUGUUGUUGACACACCUGGGUUCUUUGAUACAAAAAUUAAGAAAUGCUUCACGCAAAAUGAGCUUAAGGAGUGCAUUGAUAUGGUCUCUCCUGGACCUCACGCCAUCCUCAUCGUGAUAAAAGCGGGAAAGAUCACAAAGGAGGACCAGGAAAUAUUUCAGGAAGUGAAAAGCCUCUUCAAGGAUGAAGGAAAGAACUAUCUGAUUCUUUUAUUCACCUAUAAAGAUGAGUUAGAUAGGAAUCAUUUAACUAUAAAUGAGUUCAUACGAGGCACUGAGGGGCACCUGAAGGAUCUGAUUGAGAUGUCCGAAGGGCGAUUGAUUGCUUUUAACAAUGUGGCUGAUAAAAAAGAAAAGGAGAGUCAGGUGAAGGAGCUCAUUGAGAUGAUUGAUGGCUUGGUGGCACUCAAUGGCAGAACACCAAUGUACACCGAAGAACAAUUCAGAAAGGACAGCUCUAGCUCCUGCUGUAACAUUUUGUAAUAUCGGCAGUGAGGAGUCGGGAAUCAAGGAUGGAGAUAUGUUUGCCCACCACCGCUUUCUUUUCUUUUCUUAAUAAUAAUUUUUAUUAGUUUUCAAUUACUAUCCAAUAAUAGCCUCAUUAUAACAAUACCAAUUUAUAAUACAAUUAUUAAUACCAAUCGUUCAAAUACUGGGUCAUACAAUUUAGAUAGUGGCCCCCGCAUGCUAGAAUUGAUGACUUGAUUAUUUUCUUUAUUUCUGCAUUCCAAAAUCUUAUUACUUUCCAUUACUUUCCCUUAUACAACAACUGCAAUAUUAAUAACUGUCAGUUUGCAUUUUCUUAGUGCAGAAAGAUCUUUCCUAUUCUAUUUAAUUCAAGAAUGUUCUGGAAGCUUCUCUGUUUGAAAGAAACAAGCAGAAGGUUCCUGAUGUUUGGGUUAUUCCUUCAGAGAAGCUGAGUACAGCUGCCUUAAACUGCUUCUGUUUUGUUUUCUUUCUAUAAAAGUUGAGGCCAGAAGGAGCCUGGGUUUCUGUUUUUCUUUCUUUUCCUUCUACUGUGCUGUUCUGUACAUAGUACGCUUAGUGUGAAGGCUUAGACUUGUUAUAGGUUAUUGUAAGUUGAAGUCUGCAAGUGGAUUUCUUAUGGACUGUGCCAAUUCUGAAUGUGUUGGAUUUGUGACCAUGAUGCUCAUCUGCCUUCAGUAGCAGUAAAGCUCUGCUGGAUGAAAUAUUAAUUGUCUCUGGUCUAUUUUGGGGGGGAAUCCUGCAACGUGUGUGAGUUUUAUUGGCAAGACCCAGGAACUACAGUGGUACCUCGGGUUAAGUACUUAAUUCGUUCCAGAGGUCCAUUCUUAACCUGAAACUGUUCUUAACCUGAAGCACCACUUUAGCCAAUGGAGUCUGUAACCUGAAGCGUCUGUAACCUGAAGCGUAUGUAACCCGAGGUACCACUGUACAGCAUGUUUGCCUGCAACAAUGUGAACAAAUUUUUCUUCUGAAAGUCUAGCCCAGAGUAAACAGUUUGAGAACCACUGCAAUAGCCCUGCUUCCAUCUUCCUGACAGCCCCUGCCCACUCUGGUCCCCUCGCCCCCAAACCUGUGGCAAUCUGGGUCUGUCUCUGCCUGACUUGACCAAAGCCCAUUGACCACGGGAUGCCUGCCUGCAGGGACUUGCCCAGAAAAACAAAGAAUCAUGGAAUGGCAGAGUUGGAAGGGACCCCAAGGGCCAUCUAGUCCAACCCCUGCAAUGAAGGACUCUUCCCCCCAAAGUGGGGCUUGAACCCACGUCCCUGAGAUCUCUACCAACUGAGCUAUCCUAGUAAGCCCUCGCCUUGCUCUGUGCUGGACCCAAAGUGGGGGAGCAAGAUU